AUGAGGUGGUACAGUACGAGUGUAUUCCUAAUCAUUCAAAACUUGUUGGAGUUAAUACCGACGGCAAUUGGUGCGAGUUUGACGGCAACCAUCAUGUUUUAUACGACAGACCAAUACAACGACGGCAACCGAUUUUACAUGUGGUUAUACGCCAUGCAGUUGUGUUUGCACAGCACACAGGGUGUGGCAUACAUGACGGUGGCCUUGUUUUACCGACAUCGACAGGUGUCAUUUAUGGUGGCCACAAAUAUAUUCCUUAUACACGCCCUGUUAUGCGGUUAUUUCGUUAUGUUAGAGGACAUGUACGAUAUAUUC